GAAAGGAGCCCAAACUCAGGAGACGAUAGUUCUUUAAGAUUUCUCCUCCGCCCUGAGCAGACAGCCUCUCGCUCUCUCUCUCACAGGCUCGCUGCUGCGCUGAUCUUCCCUUAACAACAGUCACGUCAUAGGGGAGUUUUGUCAAGCGGAGCUGCAGCGAGAGUUUUAGAGGGUUCAGCAGAGGCAGCAAGCAUCCACGCAACCUGCGUCCAACACGAGAUCCAAUUUUCUUACUUUGUCUCAGCCAGAACACUGAAGACAUGGAGCACCAGCUGUUUUGCUGCGAAGUGGAUACCAUAAGAAGAGCUUACCAAGAUACCAACCUGUUGAAUGAUCGAGUUUUACAGACAAUGCUCAAAGCAGAGGAAAACUAUCUACCGUCACCAAAUUAUUUCAAGUGUGUUCAGAAAGAGAUUGUACCUAAAAUGAGGAAAAUCGUCGCCACUUGGAUGCUCGAGGUCUGUGAAGAGCAGAAAUGUGAAGAGGAGGUUUUCCCAUUGGCUAUGAACUACCUGGAUAGAUUUUUAUCCGUGGAGCCCACCAAAAAGACCCGGUUACAGCUGCUAGGAGCAACUUGUAUGUUUUUGGCCUCUAAAAUGAAAGAGACUGUGCCACUAACAGCAGAGAAGCUCUGCAUAUACACGGACAACUCCAUACAUCCCAGCGAUUUAUUGCAAAUGGAACUGCUGGCGCUAAAUAAACUGAAGUGGGAUCUAGCCUCUGUGACACCACACGAUUUCAUCGAACACUUUCUCACCAAACUGCCAAUACAUCAGAGCACCAAGCAAAUAAGCCUACUACGCAAGCACACCCAGACAUUUGUGGCUCUCUGUGCAACAGAUGUAAAAUUCAUCGCAAGUCCUCCCUCCAUGAUCGCAGCUGGCAGUGUUGCAGCAGCGGUGCAGGGGUUGUACCUGAAAAGCAGCGAAAGUUCCCUCUCGUCCCAGAACCUUACCAAUUUCCUUUCACAGGUUAUACGAAGUGACCCCGACUGUCUGCGAUCGUGUCAGGAACAGAUCGAGUCCCUGUUGGAAUCUAGUCUCAGACAGGCUCAACAGCACAACAUAUCCACAGAGACCAAACUAGUGGAGGAGGACGUGGACCUCUCUUGCACUCCUACAGACGUCAGAGACAUUAAUAUCUGAACGGAUCGCUUCUCAUCUCUUGAUCGAUGAAUAUUUGUUUCUGUUGGGUAUGGGCUUUGGCCAAAGGCUUCAUGGCACAAGAGGGAAAACGGGCUCCCACCUGCAACCCACCACCCAACCAGUUGCCCCCCAUUUUGCCCAAUUCGUUGACUUCUGAGCGGCAUCCACACCGGUGGUUUUGAUGAUUGGGCCAUCGCCAGCCAGGACCUCCACAGCGGUGGUUUUGAUGAUUGGGCCAUUUGCCAGCCAGGACCACCAGUGGAGGACAGGGAAUGAACAGAAACCCAGCUCUCUCUUUUGGCCCCUCUUUAUAUGUCUUAAGUCAAAAAUGAGAAGACAGACAAAUUGUAUAGGCUAACUAGGAUUUUAAAAUUGUAUAAAUGACAACAGUAGUUGUGACUGGCCUCAACUUGGUCGCUAAAAGACCAAGUGAGGUAUAUUUUUUAUUUCAAGUGUGUCAGAAACCAUUUUUGAAAGAGAAGAGACAUUUCUUGUAUCUUUUGAUUGCUUUCCCUCAUGGAUAGUACAUUGUUACACUUGCCAAGAGUGCGCUCUGCUUUGUCUGCAGACUAGCUUUGUAAAUAUAUCCCCGCUUGCUAUGCGUUUAGUCACUUUAUUAUAAUUCCUAGACCGAUUCCCUUACAAGAUUCUCUUCUCUUCCAAAAUGGUUUGUGCAACCUUAGCAUAUUUGUUAAGCAUGUAUUAUUUGUUGCUAUGAUUUAGAAGGCCGUUGACUGCCAGGAGCUUGAAUCGUUGCCUUCACUGCCAUUAAUGUAUAACGUCAUCACUGCCAAUGACAAAAUAAGCUUAUCCUGGUACUCCCUGGCUAAGCUUAAGCAGAGCAUUCCACAGUCUACUUCACUUCAAAUUCACGUAUUAUAUAAAACCAUUCCAUUUAAAAAAGAAAAAAAGCACUUUCAGUCCGUCGUUUAAGGCUGACUUUUACAAAAAAAAAAACACAAAAAAAUGGAAGAAAGAAAUCUGCAGUUGUUAAAACAAUGGGGGAAAACAUGGAAUGGAGUAAGGGGUUGAUGGCAGACUCGUGUCCUGUCAGCAGCAUGGAGCAGGUCUCUAUAUCUAUGGUGUUAAUUGUCUGGAAGAGAAAUGGAGGGGGACAAUGAGACGAUAGGUGCUCUUUUAAGGGUAAAACCAAGCUCGCAGUGUACUAUUUCAGCUGUGUGCGCCUUUAUAGCUUCACAUGCAUUCAGAGUGAAAACGCUAAGAUGAUAUAUCAAAGAUUGAGUUUAUUUAUUUGUCCUGUUCCCCUCUUAUGGCCAGUUUGAAUGGAUGCCCAAAUGUACCUAUGUGUGAAGUAUGUUUAAUGACCCACUUAGACACCAUAGUUAAAGUAUUGAGUUGAUGCCCUCUGAUCUAGAAUUUGUAAAAAAGAAGAAAACAAAUAAAAAGUUGUGGCUUCAAGUAGAUUUUGCACAAACCCAGAGAUGCCAGUUGUCUUGUGGAUCUCUGGAGAUACGAAUGGAGAGAUGUUAGAGUCUGCAGAGGGAGGCAAAAAAAAGGGCGAUGGCUGGACAUCAAAGAGUUGAAAGCAGAAUGGAGACGUAUGACAAAAGAGGAGAACCUGGGAGAAGACACUCCUCAUAUUUAGCUGCUAUGGAGGGAUUUCCAGCAAGGAUGAAUCUAUUAAAAUGGAAAACAACAAAAAAGAAAAAGACAUGCUUCUUUCUAUUGUCUUGUUUUGCUGCUAUUUUGUUGGUUUUGUUUAUAUGAAAUGUCAAUACGAUGCCAUGUAAUAGGUUUUAAUUUUCUCAUAGAAAAUUAUGAUAUUAUUGACAACUUUUGGUUCUUUUAGUAGUUUUUGUUUUUUUUAUGUGAUACAUUUUUGUUAAUGUGAUUUCUACGCUAUGCUAUUCCCAAAACAGACAAAAAAAGAAAGAAAAAAAAACAACAAAAAAGGCAGAAGAUAAAAAAAAGUAGAGAAAUGUUCCUGUUAUACCCACAAUACCUCAAACUACAGUUGUGAUUUAGCAUUGAUUUUAGUCUGGGAUUUUUCUUUAGUGCUAUUUUAUUUUAUUUUAUUUUUUGGUUUAUACCAUGCCUGUUAGUCCUGUUGUAAACUGCAAAUGAACAUGUUAAUCAUUAUCCUACUGGGUCCUGAUGCGAGUGAGUAGAAAGCACAUUGAAUGGAAUUGGUGCCAUAAACAUUGACUCUGUUGAGUUUUUUUUAGCUGUUUCAUUAAAGGAGACUAUAUACCCUAAGCCUCUUAGCUUUUGUUUAAAAUGACACUGUUGUGAGUUUGUGACUGCCAUGUGUACUUACAAAGCCAUAGUUUUGUCUUGUAGUAAUUUAACACAAUGCAGACAAUAAUGUAUAAGCUGGUUAUCUUGUUCUGAAUACAGGAGGCUUGGCACGCCCUCAAGUCGUUGUCUUUAAUAAAUGCGACACAGCUACAAUCGGCAGUGAUGCUUCCCUUGAUCUUUUGAUUUCCAUUAACCCAUCAAAUUUAUAUCUAUGUUGUUUUUUUACUUGGUCAUUGGUUGCUUAUAGAGAGGAAUCGGCCGUUUCCACCCUCGCUUUUUAGCUUCUCUUUAGCCUUUGACAUGGUGCUGCUAUAUGUUUGCAUUUAGACUGGAAAUGAUUUGUUGAGAGAGAUGUGGCUAUAAGCUAGAUUUGAUUGUAUGGAUGAUUCAGGACCCAGGGGACAUAAUUAUAUUAUUCUCUGUAAUAUCAGGAAUCUUUUGUACCUCAACUGAAUGAUAAAAACAAGCAUGUACCGGUAUGAUUCAGUUAUGCUAUCAAGGGAAAGAGACUGUGUGGAGGUGAGGUUUAUGUCUCUGAAUGUGUUUUUAGGGGGAACUGAAGAUUGACUGCAUCCACCCACACCCACAUUCUGUUGUAAAGGUUUUUGUUUUAGUUCAAUAUGGUGUUCAUUCCCAAGGAUCGAACUAAAUGUGGUGUUAAUCCUCAAAUACAAUGUCGUGGUUUGAUUUUUGUUUAUUUUAUUUACAAACCGGUCACUGGUCUGAUAUGCACAAUCUUUACUUGCUGACCCAUCUUAGACAUGAGGUUAACUAGAAUAAAACUUGAGCUUCAG